AUGCGAAGCUGCAAGAUGGUCAGAGUGGUAAGUGUUCUGGGGCUAGUGAUGGUCAGCGUGGCUCUCUUGAUUUUGUCCUUGAUCAGCUACGUGUCCCUGAAAAAAGACAAUAUCUUCACCACUCCCAAAUAUGCCAACACGGGAGUGCCGAGAAUGUACAUGCUCCAUGCCGGAUUUAGGUCACAGUUUGCGCUGAAGUUCCUUGAUCCUUCCUUUGUACCCAACACAAAUUCCUUGAAUCAGGAGAUGCAGGACAAGUCACCCAAGUGGACAUUCAACAGAACGGCAUUCUUACAACAAAGACGAGAAAUCCUUCAGCAUGUUGACGUGAUCAAAAACUUUUCUUUGACAAAGAACAUGGUGCGGAUUGGACAGCUGAUGCAUUACGACUAUUCCAGCCAUAAGUACGUCUUUUCCAUUAGCAAUAGCUUCCGUUUGUUGCUUCCGGAUGUCUCUCCGAUUCAGAACAAGCACUAUAACAUUUGCGCUGUCGUGGGCAACAGCGGGAUUCUUCUUGGCAGCCAGUGCGGGCAGGAAAUAGACAAGUACGAUUUUGUUUUUCGUUGCAAUUUUGCACCCACCGAAGCAUUCCAGAAAGACGUGGGAAGGAAAACCAACAUCACCACUUUUAACCCGAGCAUUCUGGAGAAGUAUUACAACAACCUGUUGACCAUUCAAGAUCGCAAUAACUUUUUUCUAAGCUUGAAGAAGCUGGAUGGAGCUAUUCUCUGGAUUCCAGCUUUUUUCUUCCAUACGUCAGCCACUAUUACCAGAACUUUGGUAGAUUUCUUUAUUGAGCAUCGAGGACAAUUAAAAGUCCAGCUGGCUUGGCCAGGAAAUAUAAUGCAACAUGUUAACAGGUACUGGAAAAACAAGCAUUUGGCCCCCAAGCGUCUCAGCACAGGUAUCUUGAUGUACACCCUUGCGUCCGCUAUUUGUGAUGAAAUCCACCUGUAUGGGUUCUGGCCCUUUGGCUUCAACCCAAACAAUAAAGAGGAUCUUCCCUACCACUAUUUUGACAAGAAAGGAACCAAGUUUACCACGAAAUGGCAAGAAUCCCACCAGCUGCCCGCCGAAUUCCAGCAGCUCUUUCGAAUGCAUGGCGAAGGACUUGCAAAACUGACUUUAUCCCACUGUGCCUAA